UCGAAUAUCACGUAAAACUGUCAUUCCUGUAAUGUAGACAUGACAUUCUAUCGUUUAUUUUUGUUUAUCACGAGAGUUGCAGUGAAUAAAUUGUGAUAUCCACUGUUUAUUCAUGAAGAAGGAAAAAUUACGAGUCUAAUGUGAGAUAUACCGGGUGAGAUGCUCCUAGCGCGAAUCCGGCUUCGGCAAUGGAAACCCCCCAAAUCAAUUACGAGAUUUUUUGCAAAAGAGAAAGGAUCAGAGGACGUGAAAAAAAAGCCUCCGCCAUGUCCUCAAGGGUUGAAACUAGAGUCAUGCCAGUUGGAUCCAUGUAUGUUGGACCCAUGCAAACCAGAACCAACGGUGGUCAUCAUCGGAGCUGGGAUGGCUGGACUAUCGGCUGCCCACCGAUUGGUUCAAUGUGGACUACAAAAUUUCACUAUUCUAGAGGCCACAGACAGACCUGGAGGACGAAUCCACUCGUGUUGGCUAGGAGACGUCGUAGCGGAGAUGGGGGCGGAUUUUAUCGAAGGUGGUUGCGUGGCAAAUCCUGUCUUUACCCUGGCAGCCCAGGAGGGCCUCCUGAAACAUCCACUUUUCCGGCCAGACCCCACGAAAAAUCUCUUCUGCACGAGCGACGGCCGAGCAAUUGAUCUUCCCGUCAGCAUCACCGCUUAUCAUACUUUUAAACAAAUUGAACAACAAGCAGCUGCAUUAUUCUCUCUGGGUUGUGGCCGAGCUCACGGAACUCUUCUAAAUUUCAUUGGUGUGAGGAUUCAACAGGAGUUGCACAAUUUUCCGGAGGAGCAGAGGUACGACGCCGCCCGAGUUAUGUACGGAAUGACGAAUCUAGUGAGAAGUCGAUGUGGGGAUGACUUAUCUUUGGUGUCUGCUGAUCAGUUCGGAAGUUACAUUGAGAUUCCUGGAGGGAACGUCAGGGUUCCUCUUGGAUACGUUGGUGUCCUAGCUCCUCUACUCAGGGACCUUCCAAGUUGUUCUUUAAGAUACUGCAAGCCUGUUAGCUGUGUGAGAUGGGGAGCAGUGAGUGACUCCUGUCCUCGUGCCGUCGUUAAAUGCUGCGAUGGCGAGGAAUUUCUAGCUGAUUAUGUCAUAGUCACUGUACCACUUGGGGUAUUGAAAAAUCAACACGACAAACUCUUCUGUCCUGCAUUACCAGCCGACAAAGUCGAUGCUAUCUGCAAGCUCGGUUACGGAUAUGUUAAUAAAAUUUUUCUGGAGUACGCAAGACCCUUCUGGGUUUGGAGAGAAGGGAAUAUAAACCUUGCGUGGUCAGCCGACGAACUGGCAGACAGAUGUGAUUGGGUCAAAGGUAUUGCACACGUCGAGGAACUCCCGGGUUCCCAACACGUCCUCUGCGCCCUAGUGAGUGGUCGAGAGGCAGCGGAGAUGGAGCUCUGCUCUGAUGAGGAAGUUGUAGAAUCAAUCACUAGGACGUUGAGACAAUUCACAGGGGACCCCACACUUCCAUAUCCCUCCAACAUCCUCAGGAGCAAGUGGUGCAUGGAUCCGCACUUCGCGGGGGCUUACAGCUACAUGGCGAUGGACAGUACAGUGGGACAUCAGUGUGAUUUGUCAAGUCCGCUUCCUGGGUCUUGUGAACCGAUUGCCCCAAUCUUACUGUUCGCCGGUGAGGCAACGAUCCCCGGACACUACAGUACAGUCCACGGGGCAAGAUUGAGUGGAAUCAGAGAAGCAGAGAGGAUAAUUCAGCUGACGAAACGCUUCGGUGGACCACCAAAAACACCCCCCGAUGAUAAAUGCAAGCCCGCAUGUCCUUGAAUUGUAAGGGAGACAUUACCUUAUCAAAUGUCUGGCUUUGUAAAAAAUAAAAUAUAGUAA